AUGGAAUUGAGGUUAAAUAACAUAGAAACACGUAGUGGAAGCCGAGAGCACGGUUCCUUGUCGAGCUGGCCGCCGCGCCAUCUGCACAAAGAUGCAACUGAAAUCGACAUAGUUCGAUCGCCACACUCUUAUAGCGCUCUGGAGCCGCUGCCGCUGCAUAAUUUCUUUAUUAAAAUUUUUAUAUUAAAUCUAAACUACAUAAAAUAUGGCAUUUUCGUAUUAGGGUUCUUUGGACAAGACCUUGUAGAGUUAACAAACUGUCCAGGAAACCGUAUAUUACCUUUUACUCCGUCCGAAUCUGUAAUCAUAAAGCCUAUAUGGCAGGAACCAAAUCGAAGCUUAUUAAACAACUAUAUCUGGACUUACGACCUUAGUUACAAAAAUCAUAGAAAUACGGUUAACCCUCCUAAAUAUGAUACUAAAAGCUGGUAUAGCAGUGAAGAUCACCAAUUCGUGAUACCCAAGUACACCCUCAUACCCAAUAUAUAUAACCUAACCGUCACUAGUACCCGUUCACCAUCUGCCACAACAGGACCACCAUCCCCUUUUACAAACGGACACAAAACAUGCUACUUCUUAACGAAAUCUUAUAAGCCAUAUCCGAUAAUAGCAGGUGGUUACGAGAGAGUAGUACCAGUUGGGACGGAUUUCGUUAUGGAUGGAGAAGAGUCCUUCGAUCGAAAUUUUGGCUCUUUCAGCCGUGACAAUUUAAAAUUUCGCUGGUCUUGUACUCAAAAACUUAGCCCAGGAUCCGUAUGUAAAGGAGAUACUGACGUUAAAAAAUUUACGGUUAAAGGAGCGUCUUUUCGCGUUGGUGAAAUUGUACACUAUACUCUAGAAGUUUCAUUGAGCUACCUAGACGAUAAAAUAUCGGCAUCAGUAACUCAAACGAUCUUCAUUCGAGCUAAUGCGGCCCUUUUAGAUAUCCAUUGUAGAAAAAAUUGUGUUCCUUGGACUCCGUUUGCGAAUUACGAAAUGGAAACCAUAAUUGGGGUGUCGUGUGUAAGUAACUGCACCGGAAUAAAAGAUGACGAUUAUGUGUGGAAUGUGGAACAUCCAAAUGAGAAAUAUUAUGUUUUUAAUUUCAAAAGUUCGCGUUAUGCUGGUGUUGACGGAUAUGCAUCACUUAAAAUUUCGUUUCAACGUGCUCCGGGUAUCCGAGACUGUAAGAUAAACCCACCCGAAGGAGUAUCUCAAACGACUCGUUUCACGUUUUCUUGUACUCAGGAACCACCAAACGAGCCUUACCAUUAUCAGUUGAUCAGAAGGAACGUUAAUGAUUUUACACUGAAAAAUGUGAUAACGGCUGGACCCUACCCCGACGUUUUUAAUUUAGCGUUCACGUUACCUCCAUCUGAAGGAAAUGAAUUUAUUUUAAAAAUCGAACGAGUGGAAUCAGAGCCAUAUCCGGCUAAAGAGAUAAAACUUGUAGUAAACGUGAAGUCUUUUCUGGACACAGUUUUAGCAAAUGAUACUACAGACAUUCUCAAAACUUUCUCUGAAUUGGUUAGUAGCCCCGAUCAGCUUGAGAGAAGUACGGCCCGACAAAUUUUCGAAAAUUUGAUUGAAGAGCUCAUAGUUAGUAAAAUUGAAAAUGAAGAAAUUGCUAGUUUCGUUGAAAACCUCAAAUUUUCUGCAGCUGAGGACAUGUUAAAAGCACCUCUCGAAAGUCUAGACGAAAUAGAACAGCUUAGUAGUACGUUGACCCAGCUGCAGGAAAUUAAUGCAGCACCAGAGUCAGAUCCACUACUGGCAAAGUUUACUACAACAGUUUGUAAGAAAAUGGCAGAUAGAUCUUUAGAUUUAGUCAAGGAAGAACAAUACCCAUUGUAUAUGGAAGAUUCAGUGCACAACUUAUCCAAAACUUUAAUUAGUUGUUUUGAAGUAAAUUUAAAUCCUAAUCUCGACGUGAUAAGACCUAUUGUUCUAAAUGUUACCACAGAAGCAGCUAUUUUUGAAGGACCAAUGUUAACUGAGAGUUAUCCAAACUAUGUUGACUUCGAUGAAGAGUAUUACAAAACUCAGGAAAAUUUGAAAGAAGCCAGCGACAAUAUCAUCCAAGGAAGUUCCACCACAGGAAAAACAAUAGCGCUGACUACAGCCAUUGGCGAAGGUGUUAUCAGAGUUCCAGGAAAAUCGAGCGAAACACUGGUUCUAAAAGACCUUGGUUUGGAAUUUGCCAAAACUACAAUUAACCCAGAAGGAAUCCUAUUAAUUCCUUCAAAGGAUUUCGAAAACGACCGUCACUCAUAUGAUUUGCUUAUGACAAUUUGGAAAAAAGAUAUAUUUUGGUGGAAUCCGGCCGGUGUGAAAGUGGACACAAACAUAAUUAACGUUAAUUUUUGGCAUUCGACGUGCAAGAAACGCAUAGAAAAUUUUUUAAAACCAGUCAAUAUAUUUUUUGACUUGAAAAGACAAAAUUUUGUGUUCGAAGCGCUCAGAGAUUCAAUUAAUAUUCCACAAGGAUACGGUUCAAUGUCUGAUAGCGAUUUGAAUUAUGAGAUUAAAGUUUACCGGAUUACGUUAGCAAAGGGACGAACGUUACAUGUAAACUUCGUUAACUUAACGUCGAGCGACAUCUUCGAUGUUGUUUUAACUGAGAACAAAUUUCCAACAGUUGAAGACUUUGAACAUAAAACGACAAUGAAACUUGGAAUGAAUGGUAGUUUGACAUUAAUAAAUAACCUAGAUAUACAAAUCCAUGCUUAUGUUGGAAUACUAGCGAACAAAGAAGUGGAAUCAAAAAUUUUGUCUUACGCUAUUGCCACGUAUGAAAAAUUUUGUGUUAAAUGGGUAACACUCAGCAAUGAAUGGGUUCCAGCAUGUAGGCCGGGUCAAGAAAGCAACGACAGUGUUAUUCAGUGUCAAUGUACUCAGUUUUCAGUGUUGGCGGGUUAUGUACAAAAUGUGGAACCUCACCCCCAAGAAGUACUACGAGAAGAAUUAGAGUUACGACUCACCAGUUGUCCGAUUAUUUUUAUAACAACAGCCACAACCAUCGGAAUUAUUUCAUUACUAAUGAUUUUCAGCUUAAUUAAAAAAAAAGAUCAGCUAUACUAUUUGGCUGAUAACAACAUCUCCCAUCGAUUUGUUUAUUUAAUUGUAGUCAAAACUGGUUUACUUUUGAAUUCAGGUACUUCCUCUAACAUAGUCGUUAAACUCAUCGGCGAGAAAAACACCAGCGAGCCACACGUUCUGAACUACCCCGAUCCGCAGUCCCGCAUUCUUCAACAGUUUGGCAAAGAUUUGUUCAUUUUGACUACAGAACAUCAUUUAGGAAACAUAAGAAAGAUGGAGCUUUGGUUUGAUUGUACUGGACAGAACCCUUCUUGGUUUUGUAGAGAUAUAACUGUUCUCGACUUGCAAAAGUACACGGAAUGGUACUUCCACGUGAGAAAAAAGGUAUCGCUUAUCAGGGGUAGUACCCAUCUAGAGUUAACACCAACUCAUGGUAACAAACAAGAGUCAAAAGUUUUCAAUGCUGCAAAGUGUAGGUUUAUAUUGUCGCCGAAACACCAUAAUUGGUACCUCUGGGAACACGAGCCGACGUUUUCAUACUUAAAAAAACUGACAGUUAUUCUAUCGAAUGUCUUAACCAAUUAUGCUUUGGUACUAAUUUUUAUUGGACUGCCCAGAUUCGAAAUGAGGGAUAGUUUGGAUGAACGUCGACACCACAGAGUAAACGUAUUUGAUAUUUACGUAGCUCUUUUAAGCUCAUUUGUUACUUUUAUGGUGCAUAUUGCGAUCGCUUGGAUUUUUCGAUUUUCUCCGAUUCAGUUUUCACAUUACGAACAAAAUGUUAAACUGACAUUUCGAUACACUCAGGCUUGUUGGUAUAUUCUUAUCAGUAUGAUAACCGUUUCAACAGCGUUUCUAACAAUGUCUGGUUUUUGGGUACCACAAAUCAAGAGCUUGGUUUGGCUAACAAUCUGUGCUAUAGGUGUGACUUUUGGGGUUAUAGUCUACGAAAGUAUUUUCGUUUGCAUUGCAAAGUAUUUCUACCGAUUUCAUAUUGAAUAUAACGUGCGACAAAAAUUUGCUGAUAUUCGUACCGUCAUCGAGGGUCAACGCAGAUACUUAUUUUCACGUUUCGGCGAACAACUUCUAAGGCCAUACUUCGAAAAUUUUUAUCGCCCUUUGAGAAAAAGACAAAUUAAAAGUAAAACCAUGAAGAUUCUGCAUCGAAAUUUUGUCAUAGCAGAACUUCACGAUUUGGUGAUGUUUGCCGUCUACAUCAUACUUUUAUACGUAGUCAUUUUAGCAGGAAAGGAUAGUUUAAUCGUUCGAAGUAAGACUGCAAUGACAGAAGUGGCCGAAGGUGUUUUUACAAGAACCACAAACUUUCAUCGCAUCGAAACCAGUUAUGAUAUCUAUACAUACAUUAAUGAAACUUUAAUCCCUUCGAUUCAUCCACUCAGAUGGUACGGAAACUUUGUAGUAUCCGAACCUGGAUUAAUGGUUGAUGUUGUGGAUAAAUGCAUUGGUGUGGUCCGAUUUCGACAACAAAGAAUGAAGAAAAAACUGUGUGAGGUACCCCCACUUAUGCAAUUCUUGAAUAUGACAUGCUUGCCAGAAUUUGCUAUCCCUUACACCGAAACUGGCACGUUUGGUUAUAAAUGGGGGAAUUUUUCCUCGUAUAUGAUCUAUGACAGACUGGUCAAUAUUUGGAGGUACUACCACGAAAAAGACACAAAAACGUUUCCCUCUGUGGGUCAGUUUGCGGCUUACUCCGGUGGUGGCUACGUUGCUUAUUUGGGUCGUACUUUGUAUAAUUCGUACGCCAAUUUCCGACAAAUUCUGUACAAACUUUGGAUCGACCAUGCAACCAGAGUAAUAUUCAUAGAAUUUUUCACCUACAAUGUUGACAACAAUGUCUUCAAUUCAGUACGACUUAUCUUCGAACAGAGUGCUACAGGACUGAUCAGUGCGGCGGUCAUUGUCUACACUGUUAGAAUGAUCUUCGUGAACAACGAAGUAGAAAUGAUCAGUGUAGUCUUCUUCAACCUGUUCGUAAUCUGGGUACUCCUGCUUUUCCUCAAAUACUCUCUAGGAGUAAUCAAAAACCUGCGGACGUUUUACAAAGAUGUUUGGGUAAUGAUUGACCUCGUUAUUCUUGUUACGAGCGUUAUGUGCAUAGUACUUUACUCGCUAAGAUUGAAGUUCAUCGGAGAGUACCUCAAAAAGAUGGAAACUGCACGGAAUAAUGAAUUCCUGAGUUACUUUUAUCUUUUCUACAUUGAGGAUUUUAUGACCCUUGUGGCAGCUUUUUUGGUGUGCAUUGCAACUGCCCGAUUGUGGAAGUUUCUACGAUUUGCAAAAAUGUUUCGCAUUAUGGAACGUACUCUAUCUAUAGCAGCUUCUUCCUUUUUCACUUUCUUUUUCGCCUUUCUGAUUAUGAUGACAGGAUUUUCACUUACCCUUUUGUUGCUGCUAGGAAAUGACUUUCAUAGAGUCCAUUCCGUGGUGAAAACGUUAAGACUGAUGUUGACUAUGGCUUUAAAACCCACAGAAAUGAAUCUUUACGAGUACAUUGGAUAUAAAAUCGCAACAUUGUACAUGUUAACAUAUAUGAUAGCUAUACUGAUAAGUUUGUUUACUUUUAUUAUGAUUAUAGUGGGAGCUUAUACUCAAGCCCAGUUGGAAUUCUCCGCAGAAGUGGAUAUCUACAAUAUCACAGACUACAUAGUAGAACGUGCGAAGUAUCUACUUAAGUUUUGUAAAUAUAAAACGAAGCGUCUAAAAGGCGGUUUAAGGAAAAACAUAAAAGUAGUACCUAAAUCAUACAAAUUUCUACAUUUCAACAGUUAUUCGGUUUCCUCUCCUAGAAUGCACAUCAUGGAAAAUUUAACACAGUGUACUUUAAGACAACAGGAUAGGAAGAAAUCGGUUCUCUCUGAGCGUGAUCUUAAAAUGAUGACUUCAAUUAGUCGCUUGUUUUUUCUAAAAGAUACAGGAACCAGUCGGGAGAUAUUUUUUAGAGGGAAGAUACGUGGAAAAAAAAUUCAGCUAGUUGAUAUGAAAAACAUUGAAAAAAUGGCAAAUAUUGUCAAUUUGUUGUUACAAGAAGAAUUAAUAUUGUCUUCUGUGGAAAAGAAAAAGAAUUUGAUACUUUUGAAGUACAUUCAGGCGAUUAAGAAAAAGCAGAAUAGUCUACGAAGAUGUGAGUGGAUUUUAAAAAUGACUCUUCAUCAAAUGACAGCUGCAGAAUUAAAUCUCUCAAAACUUUCAUAA